GUGCAUCUACUUAUAUCUGCUAAAUAGUAAUCAUAGGUCCAGAUCCUGCCCUGUAUUCAGAGCCUGCUGUCAUUUUUGAGUAGUGUCUAUAUGGUUAUCUCUUUUUUAGAUCUCCUGUUUGUGGGACUGUAUGUAGCAGAUAGCACCCCAGACCCUCUUCUGCUUAUAUAUGAUAGAGAUGGUCCCUAGGUAAUAAUGUCAUGACUUAUGUUUUGUGAUGAAAAUCUUUUAUGUGUGCAUCAAGUUUUCCAUAUUAUUUGAUUGCUAAAUAGUAAUCCUAGGUCCAGAUCCUGCCCUGUAUUCAGAGGCUGCUGUCACUUUUGUUAUUUGAUUGCUUAUACAUUGCUUGGCUUCCAUAUUAUUAAGGUGUCUCUCAACAUAAAAGUGACAGCAGCCUCUAUGAUUAUGGCUUCUGUUAAGUUUAUUCAUCAGUCUUUUUACCUUUUAUGUUCGCUGUGUAGAAUUGAUAAUUUUUGACUAGUUGCAGCUUGCUUGUGUUCUGUCUCCGGUUGAUCACCAUAGCAUGUACUGUAAUAUAACCCUUCCUGGAGCUGUUGCUUGCGCAGAAUUUUUUAUAGACUCUGUUUUUUGCUAUGUUUCCUCUUCGUCGAGUCGAUCAUUCACUUUAUUUUUGUUGACUCCCUUCAUGUAUAUAAUUUUUGUUUUUUAAGAACUAAUAUCUUGCAUCAUAUAAAUACAGUUUGUGAAAUUAGAAUCUCCUUCUUGUCGCAAAAGAAAGCAUAUGUGAUUUCGCGUCAUUUUUAGGCAGUGGAAACUAGCCUAAGCCUUUUAGCUGAAACCGUCCCUUGCUCCUGCACAAGAUUUGGAAGAUACUCUAUUAUUUUCGUUUGUCAGACACUUAUACGCUUGAAUUUAUUUUAAGUUAAUUGAGUAGAGACGGUCUUGAACAGAUGAUUCAAGGAAAAGAGUGGCCUGGGAGUGUCUAGUUAUCAGAUAUGUGCUUUUCCAUUUUGGUUUAGGUUGUUUUGUUAUGCUUAGUCAGUAUUGUGAUCCAUGCAUAAUUUGUAUUUGUAAUUUCAGUCAAUGCUUAGUCUGAAAGUAGUCUGUUGUCCAUCCGGUUUCAGGCCGCCCGUUUUUGGUCCUUUGAGGAAAUGCUUGCAGUGACCCUGUCCCUUAAUUUUUUUUCUGUUCUCAGGAUUUUUCUUGUGAGCUAUGUGGGAACUUUUGCCAUGGCGGUGCUGACAACAACUUCAAGAUCGACAUUCGUGAUGAGUUCCUGUCUAAAGCGACUGUCCCAUGCAAUGCAAGAGUCUAUGUCAAUGGCGUUACCGGCGACUACAUGCGUUUUGAAGCCCAUGGACACAAGUACUCUGUUGAUAUUGUGAAGGGGGCACACAGGACCAGGAUCAAGGGGAGUGGCUGGAAGAAAUUCACUUCUGACUUUUCUCUUCAGAAGGGUGCUGUGGUCAUUUUUGACUUGGACAGGCGCCCCCGCCAGGCAUAUGUUGUUGUUCAAAGUGGUGACUUGGACACAGUUGAAGGGAGCUCUUCAGACGGGGAUGCUGAUGAAGAGAUGAUAGAUGGAGACAUUUCAGAUGUGGAUGAAGACGGUGGCAACAUAAAGAUUGAGUAUACAAGGGGUCUAACUCUGAAUGAUGCCCAGCAGGACAUUCUCGAUGAACUGGUGCUCAGCUUCAAAUCCAAGUUUUUAGGAGUGUCUUUUGUACACUGUCUUACUUCAACUGACACUCAAGUUGGACAAAUGAAAGUGCCAGAGAGGGUUGCUACAAGCUUGAACAUCCCUAAAGAAGGUUUGGCUGGUGUUCGUCUAAGCAGUGGGGAGGCAAAGACUCGCGUUGAAUAUAGCACGUCUGCUGAUGGACGUAUAGUUUUCAACAAAAAGCAGUGGAGGCGUUUCCUUUCAAAGACUACCCUGGGGAUCAAUGACUACAUCUUCAUCUUCUUCAAGGCCAGCAAGAAGUCGCGCAUCAAUGUUACUGUUGUUGUCAGCCAGCUUUAAGUUUAACUUUCUUUUUCGAGAAGCUAUGUCCCUAGUUAUGUAGUAUGCUGAUGCAAAACAUUGUUGUGGUAUUUUUGUUUAUGCGGUUGACAAGAACCAAGUAACC